AUGUUAGUAUUAUUCGAAACACCAGCAGGUUUUGCCUUGUUCAAGGUUUUAGAUGAGGGUAAAAUCUCAAAGUCUGCCACUGACAUUCAUAAAUAUUUCUCUACACCAGAGAAUGCUUCUAAAGUUGUUUCAUUGAAGAAAUUCUAUAAAUUUGAAGAUACUUUAGCAGCUUUGGAUGCAGCAACUGCUUUGGCAGAAAACUCAGUUCCAGAUUCACUCUCGACCUUCUUGACAAACAAUAUUAUCAAGGAGAAGCUCAGUGAUCAAUUGUAUGUUGCCGAUCACAAGUUUGGUAAUGCCAUCAAGGAAUCAUUGAAUAUCAAGGUCGUCUGCAAUGAGACCUCACAGGAAUUGAUCAGAGGUAUUCGUAAUCAAAUCAACUCAUUGGUCACCGGUUUGAAGGAGAAGGAUAUGAAUGCUAUGUCCAUUGGUUUGUCUCACUCGUACUCGCGUUACAAGUUGAAGUUCUCGCCUGACAAGGUCGACACUAUGAUCGUUCACGCCAUCUCGUUGCUUGACGAGUUGAACACCGAGUUGAACAUCUACGGAAUGAGAGCACGUGAGUGGUACGGUUGGCAUUUCCCAGAGCUCUCAAAGAUCUUCACCGGUCAAGACCAAGACUCGACCAACUACACUCGUUGCGUGCGUGCCAUGGGUAACCGUAAGAACGCCGCCACCACCGACUUCUCUGCUAUCAUCCCCGACGAGAUUGCCGAGCAAGUUAGAGAGGCCGCCCAAAUCUCUAUGGGUACCGACAUCUCUGAGGAGGAUCUCGAUCACAUCAACGCACUCUGCGAUCAAUACAUCAGCAUCGAUGAAUACCGUACUCAACUCGCAGAGUAUCUCAAGAACAGAAUGAACGCCAUCGCACCAAACUUGACUAUCUUGGUCGGUGAGAUCGUCGGUGCUCGUUUGAUUUGCAAGGCCGGUUCGUUGAUGAAUCUCGCCAAGUAUCCAGCUUCCACCAUUCAGAUUCUCGGUGCUGAGAAAGCGUUGUUCCGUGCCAUCAAGUCAAAGAACAACACUCCAAAGUAUGGUUUGAUCUACAAUGCCAAGUUGGUUAGUGACGCCACCCUGAAGAACAAGGGUAAGAUGUCCAGAGUUUUGGCUGCCAAGGCUGCUUUGUCCGCUCGUUUCGACGCUUUGUGCGAAGUCUCCGAUAACAGCUACGGUAUCUCCUACAAGGCAAAGGUUGAGCAACGUGCUAUCGACAUUGAGAAUGGUAUCGUUCGUCGUUCCACCAACAAGAAGCCAGCCAAGCAACAAACCAAAUACGAUCACACCAAGAACUCCAACUCUUUGCAAACCAGAAACGCUGAGAUCAACACCAAGAAGGAAUCGAAUAUCAAGGAGGAGAGCAACGAAAUGGAAGUCGACGCCAAGGAGGAUGUCAAGGUAGAAAAGAAAGAAAAGAAGGAGAAGAAGGAGAAGAAGGAGGAGAAGGAAGACAAGAAAGAAAAGAAAGAAAAGAAGGAGGAGAAGGAAGAGAAGAAGGAAAAGAAAGAGAAGAAGGAGAAGAAGGAAGACAAGGAGGACAAGAAGGAAAAGAAAGAAAAGAAAGAGGAAAAAGAAGAAAAGAAGGAAAAGAAAUCAAAGAAAUCAUCAGACGAUAAGGAAGAGAAGAAAGAAAAGUCAAAGAAAUCCGAAGGCAAGAAGGAAAAGAAGGAAGACAAGGAGGACAAGAAGGAGAAGAAAUCAAAGAAGUCCGACGAUAAGGAAGAAAAGAAAGAGAAGAAAUCAUCAAAGAAAGAUAAAGAGGAGAAGGAGGAUAAGAAAUCAAAGAAAUCAUCCGGUGAGAAGAGAUCAAGAGAUGGUGAGGAAUCAGAAGAGAAAGUUACCAAGAAGAACAAGAAAUAA